AUGGGCAAAGAACUCAGUUAUGCGAAGCAAAAGAUUGAGGCAAUUGACGAAGAGAACUUGACCUACAGCUUCAGCUUGAUUGAAGCCAAUGUUUGGAAGGAUGCAGUAGAAAAGGUGACUUAUGAGCACAAGUUCGUGCCAACUCCUGAGGGAGGUUCCAUUUGCAAGAGAACCAGCACAUAUUACAUCAAGGGUGAUGCUGAGAUCAACAAAGAUCAAAUCAAGGAUGUGUAUGGCAAAAAGACAGGAGGCUUGUUCAAGGCUGUUGAAGCCUACUUCUUAGCCAAUCCAGAUGCCUAAAUACGAUUCCCAUGUUUCAUUUUCUUUUUAGUGUGGCCUUUUCUUGGUUGUCGUUGGCAGUGCGUUUAUUGCUUUUUCUUCUUCUCCUUGGUAAAUUUUCCAUCCUUGUUACUGGCAAAAAAACUGGAGAGUACUGAAGUAUAUCAAAUAUUACUUUAGUAGUAUUUGAUUUUGUGGUCAUUUGGUUAAUUGUAGUGAAGCAGUUCUAUUCAAUAGUUGAUGUUAUUGUAUUGUUUGCAAAAUACAUAAUAAAAAUCACCAUGUCGUCAAGUGUUUACUUUGAA